GGCGGCGGCCACCAUGGGGUCACAACUGAGCACGUUGGGCCACGUGGUGCUCUCCCCAGUCUGGUUCCUCUAUAACCUGCUCAUGAAGCUGUUCCAGCGCUCUGCCCCGGCCAUCACCCUUGAGAGUCCGGACAUCAAGUACCCUCUGCGGCUUGUGGACAAAGAGGUCAUCAGCCAUGACACUCGGCGGUUCCGCUUUGCCCUGCCAUCACCUGAGCACAUCCUGGGCCUGCCCAUCGGCCAGCAUAUUUACCUCUCUGCAAGAAUUGAUGGUAACCUGGUCGUCCGACCCUACACGCCUGUUUCCAGCGAUGACGACAAGGGCUUCGUGGACCUGGUUAUCAAGGUUUACUUCAAAGAUACCCAUCCCAAGUUUCCUGCUGGAGGGAAGAUGUCCCAGUACCUGGAAAACAUGAAGAUCGGAGACAUCAUUGAGUUCCGGGGCCCCAACGGGCUGCUGGUCUACCAGGGCAAAGGAAAAUUUGCCAUCCGCGCAGACAAGAAGUCCGCCCCUGUCGUCACAACGGUGAAGUCCGUGGGCAUGAUCGCAGGAGGGACAGGCAUCACCCCAAUGCUGCAGGUGAUCCGUGCCAUCAUGAAGGACCCAGACGACCACACCGUCUGCCACCUGCUCUUUGCCAACCAGACCGAGAAGGACAUCCUGCUGCGAUCCGAGCUGGAGGAGCUGAGGAAUGAACACUCUGCCCGCUUUAAGCUCUGGUUCACUGUGGACCGAGCCCCCGAAGCUUGGGACUACAGCCAGGGCUUCGUGAAUGAGGAGAUGAUCCGUGACCACCUCCCGGCCCCAGACGAGGAGCCGCUGGUGCUGAUGUGUGGCCCCCCACCCAUGAUCCAGUUUGCCUGCCUGCCCAACCUGGAACGGGUGGGCCACCCCAAGGAACGCUGCUUCUCCUUCUGAUGGCGAGGUGCCCCUCCACCAUGCCCUCACCACACGCC